AAAACAAGGGAAGAGAAAGGUCGCGUUCUCCCCAAGGUCAGUCAGCUCUUCGUGACAUCUUGAGUAUCGACUGCUUCUUCCUCCGCCGAGAAGGAAGGGGGAGCGCCGCCCGGAAGCACCGGAGCCGGACGCCAGCAGCGAUUUCUCCGACGGCCGCCUGCAGGCGGUAACUGAGAAGCUCUGUACGAUCUACUAUUGCUCCUCUGCUGAUAGAUCAUGGAGGGGCUGAGUUGGACAAGGGCUUGUGUCUUGGUCCUCUGCAUUAUGCCGUUCCUACACCCGGCUGCGGCUAUCCGCUUUGUGAUUGAUAGGGAGGAGUGUUUCUCUCAUAACGUGGAAUACGAGGGGGAUACUGUUCAUGUAUCAUUUGUGGUGAUCAAGGCUGACACUCCGUGGCAUUAUAGCGAGGAUGGGGUGGAUCUUGUGGUUAAAGAUUCUAAUGGAGCCCAAGUCCGAGAUUCUCGUGACAAAACUAGUGACAAAUUUGAGUUCAUAGUUCAGAAGAGAGGUGUCCAUCGCUUCUGCUUCACCAAUAAAUCCCCAUAUCACGAAACCAUAGACUUCGACGUGCAUGUUGGACAUUAUUCGUAUUUUGAUCAGCAUGCCAAAGAUGAACAUUUUUCACCUUUGUUUGAACAAAUUGCAAAGUUAGAUGAAGCACUUUACAACAUUCAGUUUGAGCAGCACUGGCUAGAGGCCCAAACCGACCGGCAAGCAAUAUUGAACGAGAACAUGAGCAGGAGGGCCAUCCACAAGGCACUUUUCGAGUCGGCUGCGCUCAUUACAGCCAGCGUCAUUCAAGUCUAUCUGCUACGCCGACUCUUCGAGCGCAAGCUGGGGACAUCUAGGGUCUGAUGCAACGUCCAAAACACCGCCUCAUCGUCCCCUCGAAGCUGUAACACUGAACUGCGCGCCAUUACUUGUUUGUGGAUUCUUUGUUUUACAUAUGUAAUCCUUUGACUCCAUAUAUGACGGCUUCGAAAAUGACAAUUUACAGUUCCAUGUA